CAUGCAUGGCAUUGCAUAUUGCAUUUCACUACAAUAAAAUCAUUACAUACAAACUCUUUAUAUGCACCUAAAGUCUUAAACAGCUACAUAUAUUCCAUUCAUAUAAUUAAGCUUAACUCUUCUUGCAAUCCUUUACAAAAAUAUCAUAUAAAUGGAGGGUAGUUUGUUUAAGGUUGUGUUUCUUUUACUAGUUUUUAGUAUUGUAAACACAUUAGUGUAUGGCCAAGGGACACGUGUAGGAUUCUAUUCAAGUACAUGUUCUCAAGCAGAAUCAAUUGUUAAAUCCACAGUUGCUUCUCAUGUUAACUCUGAUUCUUCUUUAGCUCCUGGUUUACUUAGGAUGCACUUUCAUGAUUGUUUUGUCCAAGGUUGUGACGCUUCUGUUCUCGUUGCCGGCUCAGGCACCGAGAAAACAGCAUUUCCAAACCUUGGUUUAAGAGGUUUUGAAGUUAUUGAGGAUGCUAAGACAAAACUCGAGGCUGCAUGUCCCGGUGUUGUCUCUUGUGCUGAUAUCGUUGCUCUUGCUGCUCGUGAUUCCGUUGUUCUGAGUGGUGGUCUUAGUUGGCAAGUUCCUACCGGGCGCAGAGACGGACGCGUGUCACAGGCUUCUGAUGUCAAUAACUUGCCUGCUCCUGGUGAUUCUGUUGAUGAGCAGAAACAAAAGUUUGCAACAAAAGGCCUUAACACUCAAGACCUUGUCACCCUUGUUGGUGGACAUACAAUUGGUACAACAGCAUGUCAAUUCUUCAGCAACAGAUUGAGAAACUUCACUACAAAUGGUGCAGCUGAUCCUUCAAUAGACCCUUCAUUUCUUUCACAAUUACAAACACUUUGUCCUCAAAACAGUGGUGCUACAAACAGAAUUGCAUUGGAUACUGGAAGUCAAAAUAAAUUUGAUAAUUCUUACUAUGCUAAUCUGAGGAACGGACGUGGAAUUCUUCAAUCUGAUCAAGCAUUGUGGAAUGAUGCUUCCACAAAGACAUUUGUGCAAAGAUACUUGGGUCUAAGAGGGUUGCUUGGAUUAACAUUUAAUGUUGAAUUUGGAAAUUCAAUGGUAAAGAUGAGCAACAUUGGAGUGAAGACCGGUGUUGAUGGUGAAAUCCGCAAGAUAUGUUCUGCUUUCAACUAAAUGCAUAUGUGGUUUUAUUGAUUAGUUUGUACUGUUGGCAUGUUUGCCAUUGAAGUGUAUAAUAUUUGUAGUCUUUUGUUUGUUUUCUUGUUCAUACGAAAUAUGUUGAAAAUGAAUAUAUUUUCAUUUAUAUA